UUUGCCAAGCUGACUUCGGCCGGGCAGGACCUGUUGGGCGCGUUGGCACAGUUCUCCUACUUCGAUCGAUGGUCGGACGAGCAGCGGCGGGACUGCUGCCACCGGGCACAGAUCCGCCAGUUUGCCCCGGACCAGACGGUGUUCGUUGAAGGGCAGGCACCGGUCAACUACGCACACUUUAUGCUCAGUGGUGAGUGUGGUUUGCUGCAGUGUCUCAAGCUGCACCGACGCCGGGAUCGACGGACCGGUGCGAAACGCUAUCGGCUGUCCCGGGCACAACCGACCGAGGAUGAAAUUACGCGGUUCCAUCGACGCCGGCAGCAGACCAUGGAUGCACUAUAUACAACGGAAAAAACACCUGCAAUCAACCGUGAACCGAGUAAAUCGUUCAAGGUCGAGUACCAUUUCGUCGACAUUGCUACGUACAGCCGCGGUUCGGUGUUUGGCAUCGGUGAGCAUAUGGUCGAUCGAGCCGUGUUCGCCCGUACCCACGUGCAGUGUUUGCUGAUACCGCGCUACUGGCUGCUGGAGAAGCCCCAAAACCGGGGCAACAUCUGGAACCGGAUACGGAUCUUUCUCGAGCAGCGGCAACCGUCACGCGAGCGGCUGUUUCGUUGGUUUCUCGCCGAGCUGCUGUGGCACCGGUACCGGAAGCAGCUGGUUAGCGAUUUUCUGCUCGUCCACGCACCACGGCACCUGCCGCGGCUGAUCGAUGUACCGCUGGCGUGUCGGAUCGAGGAGUGUGACGUGCAUACCGAACCUGAUUAA